GACUUUUCCCCCUCAUCAAUGGCCUUACCAGCUCAACCUUUGAUAUCUCACCAAUGAAUUCCUCAUAUUUCAUCGCUGCAUGUUUCCACCACUGCAUCAAACGCCAUAAAUUAAGUCUCCUCUCUCUCUCUCUCUCUCUCUCUGUGACUGUGUGUGUGUAUGAUAGAUAAUAUGUUGUUCAGAAAGCAGGCAUCUGCUGCAACUCCAUGGGCAGCUUUUGGUAGAGACAAAUAUUCCAAAAACAAAGAAGCCCCAUGCUUCUUCAUCUUCAACGACACUCCCAAUUAUAGGCUCAAUUGCAAUUUUGUCUACCUUUUUGUCUUUCUCUUUGCUUGGUUUCUUCUUCUUCUCUGUUGGUUCCCACCGACAAACACUAAAACCCACACGACCCAAGAACUAGAAGGGUACGUAAGUCAUGUCAAUCACACAAAAUCAUUGGCCCCCAGUAUUCGCACGUGUGACGGAAGCGUGUCGGUCUACGUGUACUCGUUGCCGGCCGAGUUCAACGUGGGCCUUGCCGAGGAUUGCCACCAUCUCAACGUCUACACCGACAUGUGCCCCCACGUGGCCAACCGCGGCCUCGGCCAGCCUCGCCCGGAAAUGGGCUCCGGCGCCGCCUCUUGGUUCGUCACCCACCAGUUCAUCGCCGAGAUGAUAUUCCACGCACGCGUGGAGAACCACCCGUGCCGCACGUGGGAUCCCGCUCACGCCGACUUGUUCUACGUCCCGUUCUACGGCGGCCUACACGCUUCCAGCAAGUUCCGCGAGUCUGAUCUGAAAGCGCGCGACGCGUUGGCCGUCCGAUUGGCGGACUAUCUCGAAGGUCAGCCUUGGUGGCAAAGGCGCCACGGAAAGGACCACUUCCUGGCGCUGGGGCGGACCGCAUGGGAUUUCAUGAGGACCGACAGUGGGCCCGACUUCGGAGCGAACUGCCUUCUCAACCUGCCAGCUGUCAAGAACAUGUCGGUGCUGACCGUGGAGAGAAAUCCUUGGCAUGGCUCGAACCAACACGGCAUCCCCUACCCCUCCUAUUUCCACCCGUACACGUGGGACGAGAUGCUGACGUGGCAGAACAAGAUGAGGCUGUCCGAGCGGCCCCACCUGUGGUCCUUCAUCGGCGGCCCACGGAAGGGUCUCGAAAAGGCGGCCGUGAGGGAGAAAAUCAUGGCGCAAUGCGCCGAGUCGAGCCGGUGCAAGCUGGUGAAAUGCGGGAGCGGAGCCAGCGAGUGCCACGAGCCGAGCCGGGUGCUGAGCGUCAUGACGAAAUCGCAGUUUUGCAUGCAGGCCGCCGGCGACUCCUUCACGCGGCGGUCGACGUUCGACGCGAUUCUCGCCGGGUGCAUACCGGUGUUCUUUUCGCCGCACACGGCAUACACUCAGUAUGCGUGGUUCUUGCCGGAAGAUCGGAGCGCGUACUCAGUUUUCAUAGACGAGAAGGGCAGCGGAAGCGAGAGGAUAGAGGAAGAGCUCCUGAAGAUAUCGGAAGAAAAAUUGAAGAGAAUGCGGGAAAGGGUUGUGGAUACGAUCCCGAGGCUGACGUAUGCGCACCCGAAUGCGAGCGAUGUUGGGUUCAAAGAUGCGGUGGAUGUUGCACUUGCUGCCUUGUCGAAGCACGUUUCGGAAUCCUAGGGCGGCUGUAAAUGCAAAGAAAAUUAAGAUUUUGUUGUUAAUGUAGAGUAUUGUUACCCCACCAGAAGCAAGAAUGUGUGUAUUCAUUUGUAAUAUUAUAUAAUGUAGUGAUUGAUAGAAGCUGUAAAUGUUACUUGUGCUUUGAGAAAGCAGUUCUUUGUAGCUUCCCAGAUUCACAGACAUGGGUCUGUUGGUGGUGGAGCCAUCUUCAUCUGGGCAUUGAAUAAUUCAAGGUAAUCAUCACCUCAAAAUUCCC